AUGGAACCAUCAUGUUCACAUUCCAAUUGUGAUCUUUUUGAGAGAGCUAAUAGAGUCUCAUUUGAAAGAGCAGAGAAUAAGACUGAUAACAAUACUAAUAUGGAAAAGCCAAGCACUCAAUGUAACAGGCAAAGAAUUGAUGACAUUGAGCGGGAGGACUUUGAAGAAGAGAAUAGAAUAAUUAAGCACUGUUCAAGCUUGAUGGUCGAAGGAGAAAUUGCUGCUUCAUCACAUUACUCUGGCAACCUAUCUAGCACCAACUCAAGCUUAGCAUCAAGCUCUGAAACUAUCUCAACCCUGUCCAAUGUGAUGGCAAAUGAUUUUAGCUUGCCCGGUUGCAGUAAGAGUGACGACUGUGAUAGCAGCAACGCAAUCAUUAAAAAUAUGAUCAAUAACCGUAAACCCAUGUACUCUGUGAUUGAGGAACCCAAAAAGAUAGACUUCAUGCAGAAACUAUUAAGCAGCGGAGUGCCAGAAAAAAAAGAUUUUCCUAAAGGAAAACUUUACAAGGGAGACUUGAUGAGCUCAUGUGAUAAUGACCUGCCAGAUGGAUGUGAUAUGGAUGGAGUGAGUGGCCCAUCAGGGCGGACAAGUUCUAACGCCUCUAGCAUUGCAAGUGCCAGUUCUGAUAGUAAAGAGUUUAGUGUACCAUCAACGUCAAAUGCAGAGAAAUUGCUUGGUCUUGAUAAUAAUGGUAGACUAAUUGAUACUAGAAGCUCCAAGUCUUCAAGCUACAUGCACCAAUACUGCGAUGGAGAUUACGAUUCCGAUGAUGAUGUCAAUGAAGAAUCAUGGUGCACAUGUCUCUCUUCACAUGAGGACGAUGAUGAAGAUGAUGAUCCGGAGCCAGAUGAAAGACUAUGGAGGAAACGUCGCUACGAGCCACCCCCGCCUCAAUCAGCGAAGAAGUUCUGCAGCGAAGGCAACAUGGCAUCAGGAUCCGGAUCAGGAAUGGACUGCUGGUCCAAUUUAGCUAUGCAGCCAUCCUCGUCAAGCAGCACACAGGGCCCACCAGAGCUAAAACAGUGGCUCCACAGAUUUCAAACAUGGUCCAACGGAGAGAAGAUCCAGGCUAUAGAUGCACUUAUCCAUCGCUGCGCUGCAAGUGACGUCCGUUACAUGAUGAAGGCCAUCGAGCCACUAUUCCAACGGGACUUCAUCUCACUACUGCCUAAGGAACUAGCGUUAACCGUUCUAGGAUACUUACAGCCCAAGGACUUGCUGAGAGCGGCUCAGACUUGCCGUUACUGGAGAUUUCUUGCGGAUGAUAACCUUCUUUGGAAAGAGCAAUGCCGUCGCAUUGGAAUUACAACACUGAAGAAAAUGCCUCGCUCGUUGCCACGUUGUGCCAGUCCAUGGAAAGCGGCGUACAUGAGGCAGUAUCUCAUAGAAAACAACUGGCUCCACAAACCAGUCAACAAUCCCAUCAUAAUGCGCGGCCAUGAUGACCACGUGAUCACCUGCCUCCAGUUCUACGGGAACCGCAUUCUGAGCGGGAGUGAUGAUACCACCUUGAAAGUGUGGUCUGCUAUUACAGGAAAGUGUCUCCACACCCUCGUGGGUCAUUCCGGUGGCGUGUGGUCAUCUCAAAUGGUCGGUGACCUGGUUAUCAGCGGUUCGACCGACCGUACACUGCGCGUUUGGAACGCCAAGACCGGACAGUGCCUAAAAGUGCUGGCAGGUCACACAUCAACUGUGCGGUGCAUGCAUCUCCAUCAGAACAGAGUGGUGUCGGGAUCUCGGGACGCGACCUUGCGCGUGUGGUCGAUACCAGAUGGCAGGUGCCUUCGGGUACUGGUAGGACACUUAGCUGCCGUCCGUUGUGUGCAGUACGACGGGAAGGUGGUGGUAUCCGGCGCUUAUGACUAUUUCGUCAAGGUCUGGAACCCGGAGACGGGAGACUGUCUGCACACCCUCGCCGGGCACACUAACAGGGUUUAUAGCCUCCAGUUCGACGGGAUACAUGUUGUAAGCGGCUCAUUGGAUACGUCAAUCCGCGUAUGGGACGUCGAAUCCGGACAACUGAAGCACACAUUGACCGGACAUCAGUCUCUUACGUCCGGAAUGGAGCUGCACUCUAACAUACUAGUAUCCGGCAACGCGGACUCCACCGUCAAGGUCUGGGACAUCACUACGGGUCACUGCCUACACACAUUGUCAGGCCCUAACAAGCACCAGUCAGCAGUAACUUGCCUUCAAUCAAGCAAUCGUUUCGUGAUCACCUCAUCGGACGAUGGCACAGUCAAGCUUUGGGAUGUUCGCACUGGGGAGUUCAUUCGCAACCUCGUGGAGCUGAGUUCCGGGGGGUCCGGUGGAGUGGUAUGGCGUAUAAGAGCCUCCGCAACUAAGCUAAUCUGUGCUGUUGGCUCGAGGAAUGGCACCGAGGAGACAAAGCUCCUAGUCCUGGACUUUGACGUGCCCGGAGCUUGCAGGAAGUGCGACGAAUAG